AUGCGCUGGAGAGCUCACGGUACAGUGUCCCGCACAAUAUAGCGGGAGACCUAAAUGCUUUUGGUAACUUCUACAAAAUGUGAAGGAAACUGAGCUCAUCCGUUAACGGAAACCAAUUCUGGAAUGCCCCCAGCAUUUGAGUUAACGAUGCGACAACAUUCACGCAUUUGGAAACGACAGUGAGUUUUGACUCGAAGCGGCGGCGUGGACAACCGAACGGAGUGGCUGUGCAGCAUGCUGUGGGAUGGAUGAGGAGGAGCAGAAUCGCUAUGUGGUCCAGCUGAAGGAGGAAUUCGACAGCUGCGACACCACGGGCACCGGCUACUUGGACAAGGAGGAGCUGACUGCUCUGUGCAACAAGCUACACCUGGAAGGCCACCUCCCAUUGCUACUUGGCACCCUGCUAGGACCCCACCACUAUUCCCGGGUCAAUUUUGAGGAGUUUAAGGAGGGCUUUGUGGCUGUUCUCUCCCGCUCUCUGGACCUGAGCACGUCCGAGGAGGAGACCAGCUACCUGGAGCCAGUGGUACCGGAGGAGGUGAAGCCCAAAUUUGUGAAGGGGACGAAGCGCUACGGCCGGCGGUCCCGUCCAGACGGGCCGGACUCCGAGCUGACCGGCGAUUCGGAAGAGACGCCCCCGUUCCGGCCGGACCAGGCCGAGCCGUUUCCCGCCGGCGGCGUCAGGAGGGCCAAGCUCAGGCGCUCCACUUCACUGGAGAGCGUCGAGAGCCUGAAGUCUGACGAGGAGACAGGAAGCACCAAGGACGGCCCUCACCAGACCUUCGAGGCUCAAGGCCAGCUGAAGCGAUGGAAGCGGGACUCCGUGGAAACGCCCCGCCCCUCCCCGGUCCCGCGGCCCAACGCCCCGGAGGCAGGGGGCGGGCAGAGGCAGGCGGGGUGGGAGGAGCUCAGCGUGGGCGAUGACGGCUUCCUCACCCGGCCGGAGCUGUCCGCCGUGUGCCAGAGCCUCGGCCUGCAGGACCUGGGCACUGAGGAGCUGGACACUCUCUUCAAGAGGCUGGAUAAGGACAAGCAUGGGAGGGUGAGCGUGAGAGAGGUCCAGAAGAGCCUGUUCAAGCACGGACCUGUCCCCACCCCCACCUCCUCCUCCACUCCCAUCCGCCUUCUCCCCCAGCGAUCCCUCACGCAGGCCUUCGAGGACAGCUCCGUGCGCUCCACCUCCCCCUCCAUCCUGUCGCCCACCGUGGGCCAGCGCCUCCUGACCCGGCUGGACGACGGGUCCGGCUUCACCAGCGCCGACCGGAUCAUCACCACCUGGAGCGACGAGGGCAUCCGCAACAGCAGGGACAUCCUGCAGACACUGGACUUCUCGCUGGACGAGAAGGUCAGUCUGGCCGAGCUCACCCUGGCUCUGGACAACGAGCUGCUGGUCAGUGGGAACGGGAUCCACCAGGCCGCCCUCAUCUCCUACAAGAACGAGAUCCAGUUCCUGCAGGUGCAGUCGGAGCAGGCCUGCAGGGAGCGGAACAAGGUGAAGGUGGACCUGGACCGGGCCGAGCGCUGCAACCUGCAGCUGGUGCGGGAGGUGGACGACCGGCACGCCACCAUGGAGACGCUCAACGAGAGCAAAAUCAGGGGGCUGGAGCAAGAGUACCGGGAUAGGCUGACGGCCCUGCGCAGCGAGUCGGAGCAGGAGAGCGAGGUGCUGCUGCAGCAGGUGGAGUGGGAGAGGGCCCAGCUGCAGGAGGAAGUGCAGACCCUUCAGACGCAGGACACCGCCCUGCGGGAGGAGAUCAGCGCGUCUAAUCAGGAGAACCAGAGGCUGGAGAGGGAGCUGGCCGCGCUGAAGGGGAAGCUCUCCGAGGCAGAGGGGACCGUCUCCAAACUGCAGAGGGACCUGGACUCCCUGCUCCUGGACAGAUUUGGCACUCUCUCGGGAAUGAACCAGGAAGAGCGCUUCUCUGAGAUCAUCAAAGAGUACGAGCUACAGUGCCUGGAGCUGCGAGACCGGAACGAUGAGCUGAAUUCGGAGCUGGAGGUGCUGAAGAGCGGGUCGGGGAGGAGGAGCAGGAGGGCGUGGGAGACCUGGUCCAACCGGAGAGCACUCACCACAGAGUCAGAUUCUGAUGACCCAGAGAUGAAGAGAGGCACUUCCCCCAUGGAGAGGAAGAAGCUCCAGGUCUCAGACAAAAAUGGCCUGGGCUCCCUGGAGAACAUGUCAGCGACCGUGAGCAUCGAGACGGAGCUGGCUGUGGAGCGGCUGAAGGAACAACAUAGCCAGGAGGUGCAGGACCUGAAGAUCCAGCUGGAGACCAAGGUGAACUUCUACGAGCGCAGCCUGGAGCUGAUGCGCCGCAACAUUGAGGUGGAGCGCAAGGACAUCUCGCAGGGCUUCAAGAUGGAGAUCGCCGAGCUGGAGGAGCAGAAGGCGCGAGCGGAGGAGCGGGCGGAGGGCCUGCGGGACAGCCUGGCCGAGGCCCGGGCCCAGCUGCAGGCGGGGGGCCCCCGGGGGCCCGAGCAGGAGCGCCGGGCGCAGCGGGAGCGCGCGGAGCUGGAGCAGAACCACGCCCGCGAGAUGUCCAGCCUGGUGCAGCGCCUCACCUCCGAGAGGGACCAGCUGGAGGCCGAGCUCACGCUGAGGCUGGACCGGGAGGUGCAGCUGGUGAGGGAGGAAGAGGAGGGGCGGCGGGGCGGGAUGAAGGCCCAGCACGCGGAGGCCCAGCGAGACUUGCUGCACCAGCUGCACUGUGAGCGUGUCCGGCUGCAGGAGCAGACAGAGCGUCUGCGCAGCGUCACCAUGGAGACCGAGCGUCUGCGCAGCGUCGCCAUGGAGACCGAGCAGCUGGAGGCCAGGGGGGCGGGGCUGGAGGCAGAGCUCCAGGAGGAGUGGGCUCGGCUGGAGGACUGCAAGCUGGCGCUUCAGUCCCAGGAGGCCCUGGUGCAACAACUGGGCUCCCAGCUGAGUGCCAAGGAGGAGGAGCUGGAGGAGGCCGGGGAGAGGGAGCGUGAGCUGAGGGAGCAGCUCCAGGCCCUAAUGAAGGAGAAGGAGGCGCAGCUGGUCAGCCCCGGCUCCCUGUCCACUGCCGGCGCCCAGCAGGAGGUGCUGCUGCGUGUGAAAGAGGAGGAGCUGGAACUCCUGAGAGGCACAGUGGAGGAAAACCAGGAGGUGCUGAGGAGCAGGGGGGAGGAGCUGCUCCGUCUGGCUGCCAUGGUGCAGUAUGCUGAGGAGGACAAGGCCCAGCUGGAGGAGGUGCUAGAGGAGAGGGGCAGGGAGGUGGAGAGGCUUAGAGCGCGGGUGGAGGGUCAGGCUGAGGAGCUGGAGCGGGCCAGGAGAGCGGAGGAGGUGCUGCGGGAGGCUCUGGGGCAGGACGAGGCAGAGGGGGCGCGGGUUCGAGCCGCCCUGGACGCCCAGCAGGAGGAGAGCAGGCGUCUCGGCGAAGAGAACGCCCGCCACGCCCGCCUCUCGGAACGGCUGUCCGCGCGGAUCACAGAGACCGAGGCCAAGUCGUCCCGUCUGCGGGACGCCGUCCAGGACCUGCGGCUGCAGCUGGGGAGGAGGGACAAGGCCGAACUGGAGCUCCGCGCCCUCCUGGAGACCCAGACCCGGCUGGCGGAGCGGCUGAAGAGAGACGCGGGGGAGAAGGCGAAGCUCCUCGAGCGGGCGGAGGAGCUCUCCAGGGACCGCAGCGACCGACUGGAGCAGCUGGCCUCCCAGCUGAGCUCCGCAGAGGAGGAGCUGAGCUCCCUCAGGGGGCGGGGCCAGGACUGUGACGGACAGCUCCGGCGGGCGCUGGGAGACGCGCAGGCCGAGGUGCGCAGGGUGGAGGGGCGGUUCCGGGAGGAGAAGAGCAAGAUGGCGGAGCAGCUGCAGCAGAUGGAGCGGUUGGUCCUGGCUCUGGAGGCGGAGAUGGACCAGGCCGGGCCUCAGAGGGGAAAGCUGGAUGAUGUCACCACAGAGAACGGCGCUUUGAAGGACAGGCUGGCGAUGUCACAGGAGGAUGUGCAGAGGCUGGAGGAGGAGGUCAAUAAGCAGCGGAAGAAGCUUGAUGAGCGGGAUAAAGAGCACGAGAAGGGUCGGGAGGAAGUGGAGAGGCUGUUCAAAGAGAAUGCAAAGUACAGAGAGGAGGUUCUGGAGCUGAGCUCCCGGAACCUGCAGCUGAGCGGGGAGAACGCGGAGCUGAGCGCCCGUCUCCGUGCCGACCAGGGCGCCGUGCAGCUGCUGACGGAGCGCGUCGCCCAGCUGACCCGGGAGCAGGAGGAGGGCGCCGCCGUCGCCCGGCAACAGCAGGAGAUGACGGACAGGAGGGAGCGCGAACAGCUGCAGCUGCAGUCGGGCUGGGGGCGGGACAAAGAGCUGCUGGAGGUGGAGCUGAAUGCCACCAAGGAGAAGUUGCAGCGCCUGACGGACGUAGAGGCGGAGCUAACCAGCCUGACGCUCAAACACGAUUGGCUGGAGAAGGACAAGGAGCGGCUGCAGAGGGAGGCUGAGGAUAGGCUGCAGAAGAUGGAGACUCUGCAGGAAGCUGUGCACUCUCUCAGCUCGCAGACGGAACAGCUGCACUCUCAGCUCCAAACUGCCACUCUGGAGAAGGGCCUCCAGGCCCAGGAACUGUCAGCCAAUCAGAGGACGCUGCAUGAGGCCAAGGAGAAGCUGAAGGAGCUGGAGGCUGCUGUGGACAGACUGCGGAGGGAAAAGGAGGAGCUGAGCUGGGCCCAGCAGAACCAGGAGGGGGAGAGGGUCCAGGCCCUGCAGGGGCAGUGCCAGAGCCUGCGCUCCCAAAACCAGGACCUGCUCCGCAAGGUGGAGGUCCUGCAGGUCCAGCAGGCUGAGCUGCAGGUGGUGUCCCAGGAGUGCCAGACCCUGAGGACCAAACAGGCUCAGCUGGAGACGGCCGUGCAGGAGGGGCAGGACCAGCUCCUGAAGGCCAACGCGGGCCUGACGCUGGCGCAAUCCCAGCAUGCCCGGGAGGCGGAGCAGCUGCGGGAGCGGGCGGGCGCGGGGUCGCGGGAGCAGCUGGCGCACGUCCACGCCCGUCUGGCAGAGGAGCAGCGACGAGCGCUGCAGCUGGAGGAGCGGCUGACCGCCCAGUCCCGCCAGGCCGCCACGCAGAUGGUCCUGCAGCAGGAGCAGUAUGAAAAAUCUGUGAACAGCAUGGAGGAGAAGAUGGCGGAGGUGGAGAGCAAGCUGAAGAACCUCCGCUUGGUGCUGCAGGAGAAGGUCAACCAGCUGAAGGAGCAGCUGGCCAAGAACGCCAAGUCGGACAUGCUCCUGAAGGACCUGUACGUGGAGAACUCCCAGCUCAUGAAGGCCCUGCAGGUGACAGAGCAGCGGCAGAAGGGGGCAGAGAAGAAGAACUUCCUGCUGGAGGAGAAGGUCGUCGCCCUCAACAAGCUGCUACGCAGGAUCGCCCCGGCCUCCCUCACCACGUAGCCCCCCCGCCCCCCAUCGCCCCAGCAGCACAAUCUCCCAAAAGCCAUAAAAACCAUUACUGUAUUCAGCCAUCCUCCACCCCCAUUCCCCUGCUUAACCACGAGACUGGACAAUGGAAGCAGGUUUGAUGUAGGAACGGGGGGGAACGCAUGACCGUGAAGACGUCACCAUUUCUGCCAUCAGGGUAUUAUGUAUGUACUUCAUUUCCGAUGAUGAUAAUGUAGAGGUUCAUUUGAGACCGUGUUUUUCCUGUGAAGCUCAGUGUUUUAAGUGUAUAAGUAUGUGGUCUCUUAAGAGGCAGCUAGUUCACUUGCAGACUUGUAGGCUGAUUAAAGGUGGCGGUGACAGCAGGUGAUCCCAGGCCAGUACCAGGCAGUACUGGUGGAUCUGGCCGUCGGUGCGUUUUAAGGACUAACGGUUAACAGUUCAAAUGUAUUUUACGCAGAAACCUGGGGCUGUGGAAUUUCAACCAGUAUUGUGUUCACUACACAGGCCUGCCUCUUUCCUCCUCAUAUGCAACAUGUCCAUGAUCAGGAUUUGUCAACAGUGUCACAUGGUGGGGGCAUUGAAAACCAAUCGUAGACAAGCACAUGUUGUGUGUGGGGUGGAGCAAUGUGCAAGAAAGCAAAAAUAAUUUUGCGGAGGUAUAACAAAUUUUUUGCACAACUACCAAAUAAUUCAUUCAAAAUGGUAUUGAAGACAGCCCUGCCGUUUUUUAAAGUGUUCUUUAUUUUAAAUGUCAAAAGCACAAUAUGCAUAAAAUGUACAGUUUUUAUACAAAAACAACAAAAUCACACACUAAUCCUCAUGCACUGCUGUAAAGUACUCUGUUUUACGUAAGUUAUUCAUGUUAAGAGUAUUUUGACAAAGAUAAAGUUGCCAGAUAAUUGUCACCCUAGUCGUGCCCCCAUUUGUGUUAGGUACAGGAUUAAUUGUAAAAAAAUGUAUAUUUAAUGGUGAUGUUAUACCCAAGCCAUAGAGGUUUAAGGCAAUACAGAGCAGUCCAUGAACAAAUUCAAACGUUUGAAGAAAAAAAUAAGUGCGGUAAUAAAUUACAUCCCAUGACAGAAUGA